GCCUGCCCGCCCCACCAACUACGAAAAACCCCCGCUCGCUUUCUCAGUAGACGCGCUUCAUGGGUGGGACGUGCUCCAUCUCGCUGUCGAGGGGCUUGUCGCCCACCGGACGGUACCCGACGUUCACCUGCAGCCAUCACAACAGCCAUCACGAUUUAUAAGUAAGAGGCUGUGCUGGGUGGGUAAAGGUGAGUUGUUUCUGUGUGACCUUGGCCUUCUCGACGUCCCUUGCUGUGAGCCAUGUGAGGGUGUGCUUCAUCCACGCCUUGUCGUCACGCUCCUGAACCAACCAAAUAAGCAACACACACACACAGUGGAUGGAUGCUGUGUGGUGCUGUGUCUGUCUGUGUGUGUCUGUGUGUGUCUGUCGAACCAACCGGGAAGUCUUCCCUCGAGUGUGCGCCCCGUGACUCGCUGCGGUUCUCAGCGGCCACCAUGGUCUGCGUGGCCUGGUUCAGCAGAUUCUCCAGCUCCAACGUCUCUAUCAGGUCCGUGUUCCUGAUCAUUGGUUGGACCAACAGAUCAACAAGAACGUCACAGCUCUCUCCUGCCUGCUGUGUGGGGAUGUGAUGUUUGUAUUAUGUGUCUUGCUGACUGACUGACUGACCAUACAGAGCUCUUGUCCUUGACGCUGACGCUCUCGAAGUCCUUCAUCACGCCAUACAUCUUGUCCACACCUGACGGACAGACACACACCGCCAAACGACAAGUGAGUGAAGUGUGUGUCGGUGCCCCCCUCCCUCCCUCCCUCCCCGGCUAACCGACCAUCUUUGAGCGAGGGUCCGUCCCUGAAGACGGCGGCGUGGUUCUGCAUGAUCUUCUGCAUCUUGGUGCGGAUCUGUGCGGUGGUCUGGUCCCCCUUGGCGUGUCGAAUCUUGUCCAGACGCGCCAGCGUCUCCUCGCCGGCAUUCUUGGGCAGAUCUACCGGCUUGGCGUCUGACGUACGUGCAUUGCGAUCAGACAGAUCAAUCAGGCGUUGGUGCAGGUGAGAUGAGGUGUCUGUCUAUCCGUCUGCUUGUCUGUCUACACACACUGCCUACUCGGCUUCAUCUUCUCGGAGAUGGUCUCAGCGGCAGUGCGUCCGAACACCUAGAGACACCACACCGCACAGACAGACAAGGACAGGUGAGGUGCGCACAGCACAGCCACUGCACCACCCACCCCACUGGCACGCACCACAAUGUCGAGCAGCGAGUUGGCCCCCAGCCUGUUGGCGCCGUGUACGCUGGCACAUGCGGCCUCGCCGGCGGCGAGGAGGCCGGGUACGAUAGAGUCCUUGCCGUCCUUGUCAGUGUUGAGCACCUCGGCCCUCCAAUUGGUGGGGACGCCCCCCAUAUUGUAGUGCACCGUCGGCAGCACCGGGAUCGGCUCCUGCAGUGUGGAGGCAGUGGACAGACAGACAGACAGACAGACAGGACAGAUAGGCAGCACAUGUGGUGUGGUGUGGUGUGGUGUGUGUGUCGGUUUGGUUCUUGCCUUGGUGACAUCGACGCCGGCGAAGAUGUGAGCGGUUUCCGAGAUGCCCGGGAGUCGCUCCUUGAGUGUUUCUGGGGGCAGGUGGCUGAGGUCCAGGUGGAUGUGGUCCUUCUCGGCACCCACCCCACGGCCCUCGCGGAUCUCGAUCGUCAUCGAACGGCUCACAACAUCGCGACUCGCCAAAUCCUUGGCAGUGGGGGCGUAGCGAGCCAUGAAGGCCUCACCCUGGAUGGCCAUACCAUACACACACACGCAAAGCAAAGAGAGAGAGGAACAUUUGCCCGUCCGUCUGUUGGCUGGUGUAGUGUAGGUGUGUGUUAGUGACGUCACCUCUGAGUUUCUGAGGAUGCCUCCCUCGCCCCUGCACCCCUCAGUCAUGAGGCAGCCGGCAGGGAAGAUGCCCGUCGGGUGGAACUGAACGAACUCCAAAUCCUCCAUCGGCAGACCAGCACUGACACACACACACACACCGCGGCCGACACCCCAUGCCAUGUGUGUGUGUGUGUGCGGCAUUAGCACCCACCCACCGUGAGACCAUGGCGCCUCCGUCUCCGGUGCAUGUGUGUGCGGAUGUGCAGGACUGGUAGGCCCGUCCGUAUCCGCCCGUGGCGAGCACUGUCUGGUGGGCGCCGAAGCGGUGGAUGGAGCCGUCCUCCAUGCUCAUCGCCACCACGCCCUUGCACACCCCCUUGUCCAUGAGCAGAUCCAAAGCAAAAUACUCGACGAAGAACGUGCAGUCGUAGUUGAGCGACUGACAGACCGACAGACCCACAUGUGUGGUGCACCACAGCAUCACAGUAUUGUGUGUGUGAUAAUGAGAGAGGGAUGUACCUUGUUUACCUGUCCGUAGAGAGUGUGAAGCAUAGCGUGUCCCGUGCGGUCGGCCGCCGCUGCGCACCUGUAGGCCUGACCGCCCUUGCCGAACUUCAACGACUGACCACCAAAGGCACGCUGGUAGAUCUUGCCUAAAACACACACACACACAGACACUCGUGCACCCAUCUCAUCUAUGUGGCUGUGUCUGCCUGCCGAGUCGUGUUUCGUCAGUGACCAUCUUUGGUCCUAGAGAAGGGCAGUCCGUAUGACUCGAGCUCGAGAACGGCCUUGGGGGCCUCGCGGCACAUGUGCUGGAUGGCGUCCUGGUCGCCCAGCCAGUCGGCACCCUUGAUGGUGUCGUAGGCGUGCCACCGCCAGUCAUCCUCAGUCAUGUUGCCCAAAGCAGCGUUGAUGCCACCCUGACAAGGUUGACCAACACACACACACACACACACUCGGACACAGGUGAGGUGAGAUGGGGUGGGGUGAGGUGAGGAGGUGCGUGCCCUGCCCUGCACACCUGUGCGGCGACGGUGUGCGAUCGUGUGGGGAAGAGCUUGGAGAUGCAGGCCGUGUUGAAGCCCUUCUCCGCCAGACCGAAGGCGGCACGCAGGCCCGCGCCGCCCGCACCCACCACCACGGCAUCGAACCGGUGGUCGAUUAUCUUGUACGCUGGAGAAACACACAAACAAAACACCACAUCCCCAUCCACACAUGACAUGCGCAGAGAGCACACCGAAGAAUGUAUGUCUUCAUCAUCAGCAGCAGUGGGACUCUCUCAUCGAUUGGCCAUGUUAGUUAUCUGCUCACCAGGCUUUGCAGUGGAGAAGCAGCGGAGGCCAGCCUUGCUGGCACCCGCCCCUCGCCUCACAAACGACAGCAUCGAUAAGUACUACACCUCAAGAGUGGAAUCUCAAACUCGGUCGCGUGCAGCGAGUCUUUUUUGCCGCAAUGCCUCCCUCCCUGAGGCCUCAGACGUCUUCUACAAACUGGUUUUGAGGCAAGACAACGCAAAGACAGCCGCAGC